AUGGGAGCCCACACCGGUCAUACUCCAAACAGUCCCUCAGUAGCUAAAGGCUACCGAAGCACAAGUUACUUCGACAAGUCCUGUCUAUGUAUUUAUGUGACAACUAUGUAUGUGAAAACAGAAAUCACCGAACCUGCAUCGUCAGCCAAGCAACACCCGAUCAAUCGUCCCUCCGCUUGCUGUCAACACCUUGUCCCUCCGUUUGGCAUCAACACCACGUUCCUCUGUUCGGCAUCGCAUCAACACUGUGUUCCUCUGUUUGGCAUCAACACCGCGUCCCUCUGUUCGGCAUCAACACCGCUUCCCUCUGUCAGCAUCAACACCUCGUCCCCCCAUCAGCAUCAACACCAAUGCAGUCAAACAAUCAACACUACGGCUACUCUGAGCUUGACCAGUCUGGCCACCCGAUUCUUGAUGUUAGCCCCGGUCACCCGAUUAUUGAUCUCUGGUCACCUGCUUACCGAUCUUAGCUCUGGCCCGCUUACUGAACUUAGCUUGGGUCACCUGCUUGUCGAUCUUACCUCUGGUCACUCGCUUAUGGAUCUUAGUGGCACUGGAUAUCAACACUUGGGGAAUUACACCGAUCAAUCCCAUCAUCACGACAGCGAAGGCCAUGUAUACACCCAGUACGACUCAGCUAACUAUUAUAAUGGCCUCAACAAUUAUAAUGGCCUCGACACAGAGAUGACCGAGCCAAACAAUCAUUGGGGCACUCAGAAUAUCUUUCAAUUAGCGGGAUUCUCAGGCCAUAUUUCUGACGAACUCACUCAGCCACAAGCACCCAUUCAAACUAUUCCAACUUCGUACAACUCAUCCACCCCAAUAUGCAACGAACAAUUCCCUCAGCAACCUGCACCCACUCACCUCACAAACAACAUCCCACCAACUCUCGCUCAAACCAACUCAGCUCAACAGACUACUCAGAAACCAUCGUGUCCUUCAAGCCUUGCUGUCUCAACUGUUUUGAACCUAAAUUCUCCACAAACUACAGCUCCUCCAACCCCCGCCAUACUCGCGCCCCCAAAAAAAACCAAAAAGCAAAAACAAAAGUUGGUCAAAUCUAAACCAACUACUGUUGCAUCUGUUCCAACAGUGAACCCUGAGGCCAUUGGUUCCCAAGUAAAUCUUACUCAAACCACUCAAGCCACGACUACUGAAGCCCCCCCAGCCAAGUCAAAACCCCGACAGAAAAGCACUAAGGCGCCUGUUCUUCCAGUGAACAUCGAGUCCAUUAAUUCUCAAGCCAGCCUUAAUUUGGGAUCUCCAACGUCCGCCACUCACACGCCUUCUGGUCCUAAAUCACAACCCCGUAAGAAAGAUACUACACUCUCCGACGAAUUAAUGGAGACAUUCAAAGACCACACGUUGCAUGAGCUUCGUAAGCUCCAGAAGACACACGUCAAAUAUACACGAAUGAAUGAAGAAAUGAAACGUGCCGCUCAAGAUGUGUAUUUCGAAUAUCAACGACAACUGCAUCUGCUAUCAAUCAAACAUCAGCGGUCUUUCAAGGCUCUCGCAAAAUAUCUUGGGCAACGCCGGACCCGACAAAAGAAAAGCGCUUGGCAUAAAUUUCAAUCAUCUGGAAAGACAGCCCAAAAGGAGUAUCACCAGACUCAAAACAGUAUUGGUCAGCGCAACAAGGAUGCCUCUAAAAUCUACCGAGAACUAGAUCCAGCUUCGCGAGACCUCUACAACAAAACUGAUGAUGACGACUGGGUUGAUGCGGACUCCACUGAAGAUCCUAAUGCUGAUGACCGAUCACAGUUUGAUGUCCGGCGUCAGUCAACAAAGAAACUACUUGCUAAUGUUGACAUCUGGGCUAAGGGUGUACAGCUCAAGCUGAAGGAGUUGAGUGAUGGGCUUGGACUUGAAGGUUUCUUAGUAAUUGCUGAUCAGGACCAUCGCCAACCUUACUUCUUUCAAGGAGGAAGUUUGCUUGGGGAUGUAUUUCUGCGUGGCCUGAUUGACGAAGGGGAUGCAAUUUGUCGGUUUGCUGUCUGGACUGCAGGAACAAAGAUCAGAACAAAACCAGCUUCAAAGAUCACCACACCAGUUGUUAGCGCUGUUUGCAAUGCUGCCAAAUCAAAUGAUACCUCAAAGACACCUGAUAUCAACAAUUAUCACCCUCCUGAGGAGCCAGACAUCAAUAGUCCUGAAGAAAAUCGUGAUGUGUGUCAGGGAGGUCUGGCCCAAAACCAUCAUUAUCUUUCCACCAUGCUCCGUGACAUGUACAGUCAAGCUAUUGGCCUGACUGACUCAACAUCCCCAUGGCCUGGGACUGAUACCCUCUAUAGACUCAAGAAAAAAAACCUUAAACUAGUAAUUGCUGAGAACCCCGGGCAGUUGGGAUUGCACCACUUCUCGCAACCUAUCAAGAAGCUUCUCCUACCCCAAACAUACCCUUUGCUACGCGGCCUCAAGAACAACUGGAUUUCCCUUGUUAAGAUUGAAGAGUCUGAGGGACUAGCACCAACCAACCGAGCACCAAUUGCAGCAUCGAAAGAAGUAGCACCAAUUGUGGAAUCCGAGGACCCAGUUUCCAUGGAAAUUGACGACAACCACAGCUUUGAAAAAAACAAAAGAAGCUCUGACACCACUGAUCAAGCAUUUGAAUGGAUUAGUUUUGACCAGGAUCAUCUUCAGUACAACUCGGUGCCUACCCAUUUGAGGCAUUCUAUCUCACUAAUCUGUAAUGUUCCAGGUGAUGGACAUUGUGGGUUCAGUUCAGCAGCUGUGAGUAUGGGCCUCCGCAAAAGUAAUCCCUGGGAAGAUGUACGAAGGGCUAUGGUGGAAGUUAUGGAUAAAAUUGAGGUAUACAAAAAUGAGAAGUACUUAUCCACGGUAUCCGAUUGCAUUCCUUUCGAUCAAUUGCGCUUCAAUCUAAAUUACUUCCAUCCUUUUGCGAGCAAGACCCAUUGGAUCAACUUUCCUCGACACGGAGAUCUUCUCGCAGAUGCUUUUCAACGGCCAGUCAUUCACAUUUCAAACUUGAUCAUUGCAACCUAUCUUCCUUUGACUUAUGGGCCAACAAACAACCCCCCAAUCUUUGUUGUUUAUUUAGAAGGCCAGUAUCACUAUAAUGCUUUUCAAUUCAAAGGGAGUGUUUUUCCUGCACCUAGAAUCUCUAAUCACUGGUUCAAGUGGAAAAGCAAAGCGGCCUCAGAGUGGGAAAGCUUUAUUCAAUUGAACCGUGAUGAAUGGGACCAAAGAUUUCCUCCAAAUCCAAAUGUAAAAUCUGUUGUGUUGGAAAUAUAG